UUUUUUUUGGAUAUCCGGGUAUUGUUUCGGCCAAGUAUGCUGCGUCGUCCUACUGGUUAAUUUACGGUAAUCCAGCCAGAAGCUUUUCAGUGCUGAAUAUCACCUUUGGCCUCACAAGUAUAAUGUUAAAUGCUUAAAUGUAGUGCAGCACAAGUAGUCUUGAAGAGUCUUGAAGUCUGCAAACUGUCAGUUACACAACAAUAUCCAUCUAACGUUUUCUGACAUUAGUCACCAUAAACUUCUGGUCACACCGGACCAAGUAUAAGGCUGUAGCAGCAUCAGAAUGAACGAGGGUGAAGUUUGCUGCUCAUGAAUUCCAGUUUCAUUUCUGAGAAAUGUGUAAGAUUUCUUCUUUCAACUGUUCAACACUAAAAAAUGUUUACUUUUAAAGCAAAUUCAUGUACCAGUAAACAAGGAGAUGUAUAGAUAAGUUAAUGAAGAGUAUGCUCAGUGUAUUGAGUUUUUGUAGUUGUUUUUUGAGUCAUGCACAGAGACAGACAAAAAGACACUUACUAUACUUUACUUAGAAAUUCCAGAGAAUGUUUCAUGUUGUAACUGCAGAUGAAGUAAAACUAUUGUAGGAUGUCACAGUUUAUUUUUAAAGGGGAUUUCUGUUUGUGUAACUUUUAAUGAUUCAGUAUUUUCACUUUCUAGUGUUAUCUAAUAGACUUUGAAUCAACAGUGUUUUUGAUGAACAAGACUGUGGUGAAUGCCCAGUGUUUGUACCCAGCCGAGAUAUGACUGAGGUGAUGAUCAACAGCACCCCAAUGGAGGACAUGAGGCUCAGCCCCAGCAAGGACAGACUCUCCUUCCAGAUAUUCCCCGACCCCUCAGACUUUGACCGUUGCUGUAAGCUCAAAGAUCGUCUGCCAUCCAUCGUGGUUGAGCCGACAGACGGAGAAGUCGAGAGCGGGGAGCUUCGCUGGCCCCCAGAGGAGUUUCUGGUUAGUGAGGAGGAGGAGGAGGAGGAGGAGGAAGAAGAGGAAGAGGAGGAAGAGGAGCAGAAUAAUGGAAGUAUCCCAAACGGACAGCCAACAGAGAAUUCUCAGCACUAGAGGCUGUGUUACAGCACCCAUACUCUCUCCUUUCUUUCUGACGGACUCUCCCUUUCCUGCACUGGUUCCACAGCACCUCAGCACUCAAAUAGGCUCGACUGGCAGAUGCACAUUCAGUGUCUCGUGAUGCCCUUGACACCAAAGCAUCACUCCACAAAAAAAGCAAUACACACAGGCGACACACUUUGCUCACACAAUCACUUUUCCUCCUGGACUGCAAACCCACCAAAACCGAAAAGAACGGACAUGCACACCUCUAACCCACACCUGCUUUCUACCAUGCCUACCAACGUGUGCGUCUCGGCCCAGAACGGAUGUCCUGUUGUACAGUGGCAGCUCAGUGCUCCAUGGACAGCUCUUACACUGCAGGGGGCUAGAAUUGCUCUGUACUUUACUCCAAAAUGGCUGGCGUCAUGACCCCAGAGACUUUAUACACUCAUACAGAACUAUUGUGGUACCCGUGGGGAUUAUCGUCUACAGUAUACUGUCCAUACCUGUGUUCAGUUCCUGGAUUGAUAUGUUAAUUAUUGUGAUUGCCACUGCUGUCUCUAGAGUUGUCUGUUUCUGAGAAGUGAAUGUUUUGUGAUUUGUCUGUUUAUUGAGAACUGGGUGUUUUUUGUGUAAAAUGUUACUGGGAUUUUUUUUGUUUGCCCCCUUAAACUUCCACUAAAUAAAUAAAAAAAUAAAUAUUAUUUAUUUUUAUUUUUUUUGGACAUUGCAUCAGGCAUUCCCAGUAAAAAGGCAGCCUGGAAUAAUUUUAGAGAAGUAAGCAGAAAGUUUAAAAAAAAAAGUAACCAGCAUGCUCUGCUACGCUUAUGUGAUAAGUUAAUUGUAAGUUUUUUUGUUUUUUUAAACAGUCAUGCAAUGAUCCUCAUCACAUCGACCUGCUGUAAGCCUUAUUACAAACAUUAGUUGGAUGACAAAGCAAAAUAGUACAACACUGAGAACAAAAUCUGACAUAAGCAGUUUAUUGUUCAAAAGAUCAGUGCAGAAUGAGGACUGACAAUUGUCAUUUUUGAAAAAGCGGCUGAUGCUGAGCAAUGUACAAACCCAAUCAAGGAUGCGUAAAUACUUGUUCCCAAUGAGCCAACCCCUAAGGCCUUGUAGCGUGCUGAUCUUGUCUGUACUUUGGGUUUGGUUUUUUUUUUUUUUUUUGGAAGACUGAGAAUCGCUCUGAGCUAUACACACCUGAACUGAAAGUUGACUGUCUUUCAUAGUCUUCCUGUUCUUUAUGAAAACAGUCACACUUUUGACACAGUGAAGUUCAGGUAGCAGUGAAUUCACACUGUAGGACAGAGUUCACAAAUAAGUUAGGCAAUAUCUGAAACCAUAUUAAACUCUAUUCACAAUACAGUUAGUCCUGAUGUUUGCCAAAAGCAGUUUAUGGGAAAUCUUAUUCGUUCUUCGUAAUGUCUGUCAUUUUAUUUGUUCUUUUGUUCACUCUUUGAAUCAACACUUAUUGUUUGUGUUGUGACAAAUUGUGUCAGUCAGUUUGUGGAAAAGAUUUCACUUUUGUGUACACAAUAUGAAAUACUAUUGUACAAGCAUGAUUGAGAUAUGUCUGUUCUUUAUGUAAUUUCUCAUUUGAGUGGCAUUAGGGCUGUGUACAGAACAUCUCUCUCUUUCUCCUGUCUGUCACCUACAGGUCCCACAUUGUUUUUGUAAAGCUCAGGGAGAUUAGCCGCCAUCUUGCUCUUGUUUUUGGUGUUUUUUUUUUUUGUUUUUUUUUGUAUUUAGACCACUUUUCUCUGUGACGAUUACAGAGGCUGUAAAUAAACAUUUGAAUUUGCUAUCCAA